UCCGUGGCAACCCGCGCGCAGCCGGGCCGCAGCGCUGGGCGCGAAAGCUGGUGUUGCGGCGCUGGCGACAGGCGGGGCUACGAGCGUCAAGGGGCCCGGGAGGCCGGGGCUGCUGCAGGAUGAGACCCUGGGCGUGGCAUCCGUACCCUCACAGUGGAGGGGCGUCCAGGGCAUCCGCGGGGAGACGAAAAGUUGCCAGACGGCCAGCAUCGCCACCACCGAAGCGUCCACCCAGGCCCAGAGUCAUGCCGAUGCUCAAGUACAGACGGAGGCCCCUGUGCCUGUCAGCAUGCUGCCUCUGCCCCGUCAUGACACCCCCCGCCUGGCAGCCUUUCUUCGCAGUGUGGAGGCCAUGGUCAUCCGAGAGCUGAACAAGAAUUGGCAGAGCCAUGCAUUUGAUGGCUUCGAGGUGAACUGGGCCGAGCAGCAGCAGACGGUGUCUUGUCUGCACACCCUGUGCUACCCCACAGCCCAAGGGCAAGGUCUGCAUGUAACCAGCGUUUCCUGGAACACCACUGGCUCUGUGGUAGCCUGUGCAUAUGGCCGGCUAGAUGACGGGGACUGGAGCACACUCAAGUCUUUUGUGUGUGGUUGGAACCUGGACCGGCGGGGCCUGAACCCCCAGCAGCCAUCGGUGGUAGUGGAGGUACCCAGUGCUGUCCUGUGCCUGGCCUUUCACCCGACCCAGCCUUCCCACGUCGCGGGAGGACUCUAUAGUGGUGAGGUACUAGUGUGGGAUAUGAGCCGUCCUGAGGACCCGCUGCUCUGGCGCACAGGCCUGACAGAUGACACUCACACAGAUCCUGUGUACCAGGUGGUUUGGAGGCCAGAGCCUCGACAUAGCCACCGCUUCCAGGUGCUGAGCGUGGCCACUGACGGAAAGGUGCUGCUCUGGCAGGCAGUUGGGGCGGGCCGGCUGCAGCUCACCCAGGGCUUUGCCCUGGCUGUUCAGCAGCUGCCGCGGAGCACGAAACUCAAGAAGCCUCCCCGUGGUGAGACUGAGGUGGGUGCUACGGCAGUGGCUUUCUCCGGUUUUGACCCCACCAUUUUUGUUCUGGGCACGGAGGGUGGCUUUCCGCUCAAGUGCUCUCUGGCAGCAGAAGAGAUGGCCCUCACACGGAUGCCCAGCUCUGUACCCCUUCGGGCCCCGGCACAGUUUGCCUUCUCUCCCCAUGGUGGUCCUGUCUACUCUGUGAGCUGUUCCCCCUUCCACAGGAAUCUCUUCCUGAGUGCAGGGACUGAUGGCCAUAUCCACCUGUACUCCAUGCUGCAGGCCCCGCCCCUGAUUUCACUGCAGCUGUCUCACAAGUAUCUGUUUGCUGUGUGUUGGUCCCCGGUGCGCCCCUUGGUUUUUGCAGCUGCUUCUGGGGAAGGUGAUGUGCAGCUAUUUGAUCUCCAGAAAAGCUCCCAGAAACCCACAGUUGUGAUCAAGCAAACUGAAGAUGGAAGCCCUGUCUACUGUCUUGAAUUUAACAGCCAGCAGACUGGGCUUUUGGCUGCUGGUGAUGCCAAGGGCACAGUCAAGGUGUGGCAGUUGAGUACUGAGUUCACUGAACAGGGGCCCCGGGAAACCGAAGACUUGGACCAGCUGGCAGUAGAGGUGGCCACCUGAGCAGGUGACGGGGGUUCCCCCACACAGAGGCCACUGGCAUGAGGUUCUACUGUCCUGAGCUGUUUUCUGAUACAAGCUGAAUAAAGAAAACUUUUAGG